AUGUGUCAACAUACAAUCAUCCUCUUCUCGUGCGGAUACAACGAAUUCGAUGACGAUGCCACAUCGCUCUGCUGGAAGAGAGAACAAUGGGCCCUGCGAGGCAAGCAAUGUCCCGAGAUUGAGUUCAUUCCCAAGCAGGUCUCCUAUUCCUGUCUGGCUUGCGGGGACACGAGUUCGAGGGUGGCUAGGUUCCAUUGGAGAAUGGAAGAGGACCAAUCAUAUGAAAUCAGAAGGCAUGAGAAUGGCCAAGCAUUGAAGACUCCAGAGGAAGAAGAGAAAGCUACCGACACCAAAGCCGAGCACAAGGGAAGCCGUGUGGACGUCGAGUUAGGUGGCCAGAACGACGAUAUCGCGGAGCAGAAGAAUCAUAGAAGCGCUCGCGAAAUCUCGAUCUAUUUAGGACCGAUGGAGGUGGUGGUCAGUAUCCGUAGAUCGGGAAAUGGGGAAUCUUCCGUUAACGGAGGAGGUUGA